AUGGGCCAGCCGGCCAAGCUCGACCCUCUCUUUCCUGCCCAGGCGUUGCUGGGGACGAACAGCCCCUUGCCCUCCACCUGCUCCAUCUGCGACGAGCCCGUCACCAGGUCACGCUGGGCCCAGGCGGAUGGCGUCUGGCAUCUGGCAUCGGGCAUCGAGGCGUCGGGCACAGCCGAAGCCGAUCUGUCAUGGCCCUUGACCCCUCCUCAGCCAGCCAGCUGUGGCCCACGUCGGAAGCUCUUGAGCCUCAUCAGUUCGACGCAGCCGUCGGUCCCCGUCCCCGUCCCCGUCCCCAUCUCCCACAUGUGGAGUGGUCCCGACAGCGCGGCACCCUACCCCAGAAAACCUAGCAGCAGAUGA